AUGUUUGAAUUUCUGUCUCAGCGCAUUGACUUGGUCCUUCACGAGGUUGUUUCCCAAGUGAUACAGCAUUGGCUGUGCCUCGAAGAGAAAACUUUUCUCCACGAUGCGGCGGUUGUCAGCGAGGAGGAACUACGCACUCUUAUCGACUUAUUUCGUCGCGACGCUUCCACUCAGAAGAAGGUGGGCAAAAGUGUGAAGGCUUCUCUUCAUCGAGUUCUGCUCCUCGCGGAUUCUGUAAAGGCUACCAACCGUUGGUGUGCUCAGAUGCUUGAUUUUUCAUAG